AUGGCGCGGCGGGCUGCGGCGCCGCGAGAUGACGUCAGGGACGCGCGACGGCGGGAGCGGGCGGAGCCGGUUGCCACGCAACGGCCAAUGGGCGGCGGGAGCGGCGGGCGCGCGGCGUCCCUGGAAACGGGGCGGGGGCGAGCGGGGGCGAGAGGGGGCGAGCGGGACCCAGCGGGGGCGAGAGGGGGCGAGCGGGACCCAGCGGGGGCGAGAGGGGGCGAGAGGGGGCGAGCGGGACCCAGCGGGGGCGAGCGGGACCCAGCGGGGGCGAGCGGGGGCGAGAGGGGGCGAGCGGGACCCAACGGGGGCGAGCGGGACCCAGCGGGGGCGAGAGGGGGCGAGAGGGGGCGAGCGGGACCCAGCGGGGGCGGCGGGAGCGGGGGCGAGCGGGGGCGAGAGGGGGCGAGCGGGACCCAACGGGGGCGAGAGGGGGCGAGCGGGACCCAACGGGGGCGAGCGGGACCCAGCGGGGGCGAGCGGGGGCGAGCGGGACCCAGCGGGGGCGAGCGGGACCCACCGGGGGCGAGAGGGGGCGAGAGGGGGCGAGCGGGGGCGAGCGGGACCCAGCGGGGGGGGCGGGAGCCAACGGGAGCCAACGGGGGCGAGCGGGACCCAACGGGAUCCAACGGGCCCGAGCGGGACCCAGCGAGAGCCAACGGGACCCAGCCGGGACCAGCCGGACCCAGCGGGACGGCGGUGAGCGGCCCCGCACGGCGGUGA